AUGCUCCGCCGCCGAGCUAUCCGCCACGCCAUGCUCCGCAGCCUGAUACCGCGCCUGCAUGCGCCGCCAAUGCACCGCCGCCUAGACUCCGGGACUCCACCGAAGCCAGCUCAGACCCUGCAUCACGCAACCAGGGGGCAUGCUCACGCAGCCAGCGGCGCCGCCUGCACAGCCGCCAUCAUCCGCCUCCUCAGCUCCGCCGCCAUGCUACGACUCCUGCUCCGCCGCGCUACAGCCGACUCCUCCGCGAACUGCUCGCACGCCGGCUAUUCCGCCGACCAGCUUCCUCCGCCAGCUCCGCUGACUGCUCACAGACGCAACACAUCCAGCCGCCUGAUCUCGCACCGCCAGCUCCGCCGCCUGCUCAGCCGACACCCUGCUACGCGCAAAAGCUCGCAGCCGCCAGCUCAGCCCGCCAGCUACAGCCGCAUAUCACAGCCGCUGCUACACGCCGCCAUCGCUCGCCGCUCAGACUCCUGCCUCGGCUUGCUCCGAAGAAUGCUAACGCAGCAAUGCUACAGCAGCGCUACCGCCUCCUGCCACCCGCUCGCCUGCUCCGCCAGCCUGCAGGCAGAUGCUCGCCGCCACCUCCGCCGCCUGCACCGCCGCCAGGCUCCGCCGCUCUGCACCGCCCGCCAGCAAGCCGCCUCUCCUCGCCGCCUGCAUCAGCCCGAAUGCUACGACUCGCCUGCUCCGCCGCCUGUCUCGCCAGACUGCUCGCCGCCUGGCACCGCACGCAUGCUACAGCCGCAAUCACACCGCUAUCUCCGCCGCCGGGGGUCUGCUUACGCCGCCAUCACCUCCUCCAUCACCUCCUCCAUCAUCUCCUCCAUCACCUCCUCCAUCACCUCCUCCACCACCUCCUCCAUCACCUCCUCCAUCACCUCCUCCAUCACCUCCUCCACCAUCUCCUCCAUCACCUCCUCCACCAUCUCCUCCAUCACCUCCUCAUCACCUCCUCCAUCACCUCCUCCAUCACCUCCUCCAUCACCUCCUCCAUCAUCUCCUCCAUCCACCUCCUCAUCACCUCCUCCAUCACCUCCUCCAUCACCUCCUCCAUCACCUCCUCCACCACCUCCUCCAUCACCUCCUCCAUCACCUCCUCCAUCAUCUCCUCCAUCACCUCCUCAUCACCUCCUCCAUCACCUCCUCCAUCACCUCCUCCAUCACCUCCUCCAUCACCUCCUCCACCACCUCCUCCAUCACCUCCUCCAUAACCUCCUCCAUCAUCUCCAUCACCUCCUGCACCACAUCCUCCAUCACCUCCUCCAUCAUCUCCUCCAUCACCUCCUCCAUCACCUCCUCCAUCACCUCCUCCACCACCUCCUCCAUCACCUCCCUCCAUCACCUCCUCCAUCACCUCCUCAUCACCUCCUCCAUCACCUCCUCCAUCACCUCCUCCAUCAUCUCCAUCACCUCCUCCACCACCUCCUCCAUCACCUCCUCCAUCACCUCCUCCAUCACCUCCUCCAUCACCUCCUCCAUCAUCUCCUCCAUCACCUCCUCCAUCACCUCCUCAAUCACCUCCUCCACCACCUCCUCCAUCACCUCCUCCAUCUUCUCCUCCAUCACCUCCUCAUCACCUCCUCCAUCACCUCCCUCCAUCACCUCCUCCAUCACCUCCUCAUCACCUCCUCCAUCACCUCCUCCAUCUUCUUCUCCAUCACCUCCUCAUCACCUCCAUCACCUCCUCCAUCACCUCCUCCACCACCUCCUCCAUCAUCUCCAUCACCUCCUGCACCACAUCCUCCAUCACCUCCUCCAUCAUCUCCUCCAUCACCUCCUCCAUCACCUCCUCCAUCACCUCCUCCAUCACCUCCUCCAUCACCUCCUCCAUCACCUCCUCCAUCACCUCCUCACUCACCUCCUCCAUCACCUCCUCCAUCAUCUCCAUCACCUCCUCCACCACCUCCUCCAUCACCUCCUCCAUCACCUCCUCCACCACCUCCUCCAUCACCUCCCUCCAUCACCUCCUCCAUCACCUCCUCCAUCACCUCCUCCAUCACCUCCUCCAUCACCUCCUCUCAUCACCUCCUCCAUCACCUCCUCCAUCAUCUCCUCCAUCACCUCCUCCAUCACCUCCUCCACCACCUCCUCCAUCACCUCCUCCAUCUUCUCCUCCCAUCACCUCCUCCACCACCUCCUCCAUCACCUCCUCCAUCACCUCCUCCAUCACCUCCUCAAUCACAUCCUCCAUCACCUCCUCCAUCACCUCCUCCAUCACCUCCUCCACCACCUCCUCCAUCACCUCCCUCCAUCACCUCCUCCAUCACCUCCUCCAUCACCUCCUCAUCACCUCCUCCACCACCUCCUCCAUCACCUCCUCCACCACCUCCUCCAUCACCUCCCUCCAUCACCUCCUCCAUCACCUCCUCCAUCUUCUCCUCCAUCACCUCCUCCACCAGCUUCUCCAUCACCUCCUCCAUCACCUCCUCCAUCACCUCCUCCACCACCUCCUCCAUCACCGCCCUCCAUCACCUCCUCCAUCACCUCCUCCAUCACCUCCUCAUCACCUCCUCCACCACCUCCUCCAUCACCUCCCUCCAUCACCUCCUCCAUCACCUCCUCCAUCACCUCCUCAUCACCUCCUCCAUCACCUCCUCCAUCACCGUGUGGUUCGCUGGAGCCACAGUCAGGGACAAACAGAGACUACAGCGCAUUGUGCGCUCUGCAGAGGAAGUGAUCGGCCGCAGCCUUCCAUCGCUGCAGGACCUGGACAGAGUGGACACAGGGACAGAGGAACACAGGGACAGAGUGGACACAGGGACAGAGUGGACACAGGGACAGAGUGAACACAGGGACAGAGUGGACACAGGGACAGAGUGGACACAGGGACAGAGUGAACACAGGGACAGAGUGGACACAGGGACAGAGUGA